GCCAUUUUGCUAGUGGGCGGAUGUAGCUGUUCUGGCGGUGUUUAAGGAGUUCCCCACUGCUGUGACACUCGCUCAGGAGUCGCGUUUCUCUGGAUCGCGAGCUAAAUAUAUAUAAUACCCGGAAGAGAGCCUAGAGCAUCAAGCAAUGAUAAGAAGCUCUGCUCAGGUAACGCACAGUAGGCGCAGGGAGUGAGUCACGUGACGGGCAGCUCAGGGGUCACGUGACGGGCCGAGGCGCUGAGAGACACAAGUUCCCGUGACUGGAGUGUGAGGCGGCGGCUUGUGCGGUUCUUCCCAAGGCCUCGGCAUGGAUUUCUAUACGGCCAACUGGUUCCCCCUGGGCAGUGUGAAUUACCGGAAGUUCGAUCUGUACCACAUGGAGUGGGAGCUGAGGGAGGGAUUGAGAGAGAGUCUGGCGGCUGCUGGGCCCUACGCUGGGACUGUGGCUUUAAUGAGGAAUCCGUGUGCCAAGGAGAAGGCUGGCCGGCCCGUACUGGAGAUCUACUCGGCCUCCGGCCUCCUCUUGUCCUCCAUCCCAUGGAAGAGCGGCCUGGUGGUGCAUUUGGGUUGGAGCCUGAGCCAGGAGCUGGUCUGUAUCCAGGAGGACGGCACGGUGCUUCUCUACGACUUAUUCUGCUCGUUCAAGCGCAACUUCAGCCUGGGCAGUGAGGUGAAACAGAACCAGGUGCUGGAGGCCAAAGUCUUUCACACCGAGUACAGAACCGGCAUCGCCAUCUUAACGGGCGCACUCAAAUUCACCAUUGCCUCCAACAUCGACGACGUGAAACUGCGCAGGUUGCCCGAAAUACCCGGCCUUAGGGGCCCACCCUCCUGCUGGACUGUCCUGUUCAAUGAGCGCGUGGCUCUAGUGUUGGCUGCAGUGGGCCCAGACUUGUACCUUCUGGAUAAUACCUCCUGCACUGCUGUCACACUGCCCCAUAUCAGCCCCAUGGCCGGAUCCUUCCUACAAAUGGCCGUCUCCUUCAAUUAUAAAUACCUUGCAGCCUUCACAGACACUGGCUACAUCUGGAUGGGCACUGCUUCCCUCACGGAUAAACUAUGUGAGUUUACCUCUGAUAUCCGGCAGGCACCAAAACAAAUGGCCUGGUGUAUAAGGCCCGGCAGCAGGAACAUUGCACUUGCAGUAAUGUGGGAGAAACUCCUGUUCUUGGUGGGCCGUGCCAGUGAGGGCGUUCACUUCCCUUUGGAUGAGCCGUCGUUUCUCGUGCCCGAACUGGAUGGGGUUAGAAUUAUAUCUCCCUCCACCCAUGAAUUUCUCCAUGAAAUACCAAAAGUAACUGAGGACAUUUUUAAAAUUGCGUCUAUGGCGCCUGGAGCACUUUUACUUGAAGCACAAAAAGAAUAUGAGAAAGAGAGCCAGAAAGCGGACGACUAUCUACGGGAGAUUAAGGACCAGAACCUUCUGUCAGAAGCAGUGGAGAACUGCAUAGAAGCCGCUGGGUAUGAGCAUGCCCCUGAGAUGCAAAAGUCUCUCCUUAGAGCGGCUUCAUUUGGAAAAUGCUUUGUAGAAAAAUAUUCUCCUGCAGACUUUGUGACCAUGUGCCAAGAUCUGCGUAUCCUCAAUGCCAUCCAUGACUACCAGAUUGGCAUGCCACUGACUAUUACACAGUACAAGCAACUUACUGUACAGGUUCUGUUGGACAGAUUAGUCUUACGCAGACUCUAUCCUCUUGCUCUCAAAAUUUGCGAAUAUCUAAAAUUUUCUGACUUUCAGGGAGUUAGUCGGAUUUUAGCCCAUUGGGCUUGUUACAAAGUGCAACAGAAGGAGAAAUCUGACGAUGAAAUAGCGCAGGCCAUUAAUCAGAAGCUCGGAGACACCCUGGGAAUUUCCUACUCUGAGAUUGCCUCCAGGGCCUGUGAGUGUGGUAGGACUGAGUUGGCCAUUAAACUCUUGGAGUAUGAACCAAAGUCAGAAGAUCAGGUCCCCUUGCUUUUAAAGAUGAAGAGAAGCAACUUGGCCCUGGCCAAAGCUAUUGAGAGUGGAGACACGGAUCUGGUCUAUACUGUGGUCACUUACAUGAAGAAUGAGUUUAACCGGGGCGACUUCUUUAUGACGCUGCAGAACCACCCGGUGGCUUUGAGUUUAUAUAGACAGUUCUGCAAGCACCAAGAGCCAGAGACACUGAAGGACCUUUACAAUCAGGAUGACAAUCAUCUGGAGCUGGGUAAUUUCUAUGUCCGAUCCAGUUACAGCACAGAGAAAAGAGUGGAAGGCCGUGUUGCCGAGCUCCAAAAUGCUGUAGAGGAGUACAAUAAAGCUAAAAGUGAACUGGCGGCCAGGGCCACCGAGGAUCAGAUCAAGCUGCUAAGGAACCAGCGGGCCCUGCAAGAUAAGGUGGACAAGCCGUAUCUGGACUUCUCGCUUCAUGACACUGUUUAUAAUCUUAUACUGGAAGGCAUGCACAAAAAAGCAGAGCAACUUUACAAAGAGUUCAAAAUCCCUGACAAGAGGUACUGGUGGCUCAAAAUCUCUGCUUUAUCGGAAAAAGAAGACUGGGAGGAGCUUGAGAAGUUCUCGAAAAGUAAGAAGUCAGCCAUUGGUUAUCUGCCCUUUGUUGAGAUUUGUAUGAAGCAUCACAACAAGUUGGAGGCCAGGAAGUACAUUGGGCGGGUGGCCAUUGAGCAGAGGGUCAAAGCCUGUCUCUUGGUCGGGGACUUGGAUCAAGCUGCUGAAAGUGCCAUCGAACACCGAAAUGAGCAUGAAAUGAAUCUGGUGUUGUCCCGCUGCACCUCUGCCGCUGAUAAUGCCGUUGCAGAAAAGAUCAACCGUGCCAAAUCACAGAUCCUUAAGAAAUAGCUUGGGCUCAUUUGGCAUCUUGCCAUCUGAACUGAAGGAGAUGAAGAAAUAUCAUUCCUGCUGCGCAAUUGAAGGGUCUGGCAUCUGUGGGUGGUCUUUGCUCAGAAAUGAACAGGAUUGGAUGCUGUGUUACAUGCAGAGGCAUGCUGGGAGAUAAGCCUUUCCAUAGGCCACAUGAGAACAAAUACACACACCCUGUUUAACCAGUGAGGGGUAUCCCAUAAAUCUAUAUGAUAUCACGUUCUCACCUGUAAGAUACCAACACUGAACGGUUUCCUUGCACUUUGUCUUGCUUUGCCAGAGUCCCCACAAAUGUACAGGUAUUGCUGACGGUGAGAAAAUAGCACUUCCAUGUACUUGUUAUGUACAGUAACUAAUACUAGUUAUAUGUUGAACCCUACUAAUAAAUGUCACACUUGCAUCUUA